AUGCCGCCGCCCUCCUUUUCCCACCAGACCGCCGUGGUGCUCCCACGAGCCGUCCAAUCCUGGCUCAAGGAACUCAUCCAAAAGAUCCGCUCGGCACUCACCGCCAACGACGAGAUCAAGCGACACUCCAUCCUCAGCGCAAUCGAAGCUGCCGUCGAGGAGCACGCUCAGUCGCUCAAGAGCGCAGCGCAGGCAGACGAGGCCAACCAUCCGCCCGCAGCCGGCCCCUCGCCCACCGCUCAGAUCAAGUCGCAGGUCUCGCUCCGCAUCAAUGACGCCAUCCAAAACAUGCUCCAGGGCGAGCUGGGCGCACAGCAGGACGAAAAGCUCCCCGCACUCGUCGACGUCCUCUUUGUAGCCAUGCCCCUCUUGGGCCCCACCUCGAUCGUCAUGGAGUGGUGGGAUCUCGUCCUACACCCCCUCCUCAAAAGCGCUUCCAUCCAGAACAUCACCGCCAACCGUGCGCGCGAGCUCGUUGUGCGCGCCAUGGCCGCAGCACCCACUACCGCAUACGAGGACGAACCGGCGCCAGUGGCAGUCUGGCCGGCGCCCGCUUCAAGGCCUACCGAUUCAUCCGAAUCGGCAAAAGCCUCACCCAUCCCUUCCACAAGUCCGCGUCGAGCCCGCGAGACUCCCUAUCCUACGUCCGCCACCACGCCAGCCUCCUCUUCGCCCUCGCGUCAACCACAGCGCAGCCCCUCGCUCACCGCGCCAUCCGCGUCCGCGGGCAGGUCCGCCUCGGUCGGUUCGCGCCAAGACACCUUCCGCCGCUUCACGCAGCGCAUCCUCGACCUCUACCUUGCAGAAGCCGCGCACGAGAGUCAGCAGCUCCGCGCCGAAGAUGCACGCCCGCGCAGAGGCAGCGCUCCCGACCUCGCCAUCUCGCGCGAUCUCAGCGGCAGCGGUCACCUUCUUCGCGACUCCGCCACCCUCGUCUGGAAGGGCAACCUCGAGUCCAUCCUGCUCGUCUACAGCAACCAAAAACCCAAGGAGUUCUUCCACCACAUUGCAGAGUCCUUCUCCGAGCCCACCGCACGCGUGCCCCUCCUCUUCCUCCUCUCCACCUUCCUUCGCCUCUAUCCGAUUCAUGCCUACCACAUCACCGCCACCGCCCUGCCACGCAUGCUCAUCCUCUCGCUCCAGCUCGACACCUCCACCACCUGCGUCUCGCUCGGCGUCACCGCACUCAUCAUGCUCAUCCCGCACAUUCCCAACUGGAUCGCCAACGGAGGCGCAGGCGGCCUCCCCACCCUGCUCAGCAUCUUUGCCCGCAUCGUCGACUGGAGGCGCCUCGGCAACGGCUGGGAGACCCGCAUCGGCGACGAUCCCGAGCUCGCCGAGCUGCGCAGAGAGAAGGACGAAGAGUUCGCAGAGAUGGACCGCCUCGGAAAGCGCCUCAACAUCAAGCCCGCUCUGCGCUGGAACCGCCUCGAGUCGUCCUUCGACACGACCAUGUCCAGUCCGCCCAACGCAGAGCAUCUCUUCACCUUCCUCUACGGCCUCUUCCCUUGCAACAUCAUCCGCUUCCUGCGCUCGCCCGUCGACUACCUUCGCAAGGCGUCGUUCGACAGCCCCUUUGAAGGUCCCUGGGAAGAGAUGAUGGACGAGGUCGCCGUCCAGACACGCGCCAGCCCCAUCCUGCGUCGACACACGCUCCAUCCCGCCCUCGUCACCCUCGACGCCGAGACCGAGCUCACGGACAAGCAGCGCUGGCUCGACCACGACUCGGCCGACAUCAAUGCAGAAUGUCUCGGCCUCUUCCUGGGCAAGUGGCACGACGUCAAUCCUUCUCACAUUGUCCAAGCCGAGCGUCAGCGCAACGGCUCGCUGGACAAUGACGUUCCGGACGACGAAAGCGUGUUCUCGUCCGAAGCGAGGCUCGGUCCGUUUGAUAUGGGCCGCCGCCGCAGCGCAGCUGCUCUCAUGCACCCCUCGUCGCCCAGCGGCUCGGCGCAUCGCCACUACCAGAGGGUGCCGCACUCGGUCAACCCGGACGACAUUCUGUUGACCUACGCUUCGCUGCGAUCCGGCGCACCGCUCAUGUCGGCCACGGUCUCGGCGCAGACGCCCAGCUUCGACGCUUCGCCUGCGCCGUCCCUGUUUGGCGGCGCGACACAGCCUUUUACGGCGGCCGCUCAGCGCCUGGACGACUCGAUCGGCCCGACAGCAGUCCCGCAGGCCAAGGCACCAUCCUCGUCUUCGGCCAUGACGGCGAGCGGCACGCUCUCGAGGUUGCUUCCAGCUGCAAGUGCUGCGGCUGCUGCGACACCCGCCAUCAUCACCGCUGUGGGAAGCUCCAGCGCUUCUCACAUGUCCAUCCCCGCCUCGCCGGCCACCCAUGCCGCGCAUGCCUCGAUCGCACGCGUGCGCUCACGAUCCGGCUCGCUCUCGUCGGUGCUGUCGAGUAGCUCGCCAAGCCCGGCCACGCCAACCUCGCCCACUCUGCCAGGACGCCACCCGCUCGCGGCCAGCCAUCUGCCCUCGGACCCGCUCACACCGCAGCCGGAGCCGAGGGAGAAGCCGGCACUAGCGGUCCCUUCAUUUGCAGGCUCCUCGCUUGAGGUGGGCAGCAGCGAUGCUUCAAUCAUCUCGUUCAUGCAGCGAGAAAACCUGCUCUUGCGAAACGAGCUCAACUUUGAGCUCUAUCUCAAAGAGCAGCAUCUGCGUCACAUUGGACGACUCCAUCGCGAAAAGGUUACAGACACCGCGCUCGAGGCCGAACGGCAAAACCUCUAUCACACGGUGCGCACCUUGCGCACCACGAACGCAGCUCAGCAUGCCGAGUUGGAGCGAUGCCGCGCGGAAGCGGCGUCGACCAAGGCUCGGCACGUGCAGUGGGAGGCCGAUUUGAACAACAAGCUGCGCGCGUACCGCGAAGAGCGCAAAGCCUGGACCUCGGAGGCGCGCGAGCUCAAGGCGCAGGCGGAAGAGGACGCCGCCAAGAUCACCACGCUCACGCGGCAGCUCGAGGAGUCGGGCGCACAGCUGUUUGAGCUCCAGACCAAGAUGGAGGCGGACGAGCCCAAGCUGGCCAAGCUCGAGCAGUACGAGGCCAAGAUCGCGCAGCUCACGUCGUGCCUGGCGUACUGGGACAACGACGUGCUCAAGUACGAGCAGCAGCGCAACGAGAUGGAGAAGCUGCUGAACAAGUGGGACGAGAUGGCGUACUUGGUCGAGUCGACCGAGGCGACGCUCAGCGAGGUCGAGCAAACGUGCUCGCGGCUCGAGGCCGAAAACGAACGGUUGAAGCAGGAGCUCAACACGGCCUUCGACAGUGUCAAGGCGUUGAAGCUCGAAAAGGGCAAGCUCGUCGCACAGGCCCAGCCGGGCCACGAGCAGGCACUCGACACGGUCGCCGAGUUGGAACAGCAGCGAGAGGUGCUGCGCGAUGAAAACGAGGCGUUGAGCGAAAAGGUGCUCGAGCUCUCGGCGAGGAUCGAGACGAUGCAGCUCCAGCACGCGGCCAACGGCCACUCGACAGUCGAUGGCCCACACGGCGCCUCGGGGCUUGCAGCUGCCUCGCAUCCGGAUGAGGAUGACGACGUCCCCGCACUCCCGCACGGCCUUCCCGCACCACAGGCGUGA